GCGCGAGCCCCGCCCUGCCUUCACACGUUCCCCUCGCCUCCGAAGAGCACACGAGAGAGACGAGGAGAAGAGGAAGCGCAGGCGAGGACGUCGUGACGACGGAAACGAAGCCGCGAGGGAGAAGCCAGCGAGCUUACAAAUACACCGCCUCAAUGCCCAUCCGGCCCACCUCAGAUCCCGAAUCCUAACCCUAGCCGGCGCGCCGCCCCCGUCCGCGGGCCCACCGCCGUCGUCGGCGACGGGAUCGGGCGCCGACCGACGCGGGAGCAGCCGCCGCGGACGCCGUGUGGAGGAGGAGGAUAAAGGGGGAUCCCCGAGCCCUAGGCGACGUAGCCGCAGCGCUGUGCGGACGAGGCACGGAUCAGGGAGGGAAGGGGAGGUGAGGAGGGGUGAAGCGAGAUGCCUGGGGACGUCGCGACCUCGCCGGCGCCGGCGCUGCCGUCCUCUUCCUCUUCGUCAUUGCAGCACCACCACUACGGUCCCACCUCCGCCCGCGGCCUCCUCUUCCACGCCGUCGCCGGCGCCUCUGCUGGUGUUGUUGCGGCGACGUUCGUGUGCCCGCUCGAUGUCAUCAAGACGAGGUUCCAGGUGCACGGCUGGCCAAAGCUCGCCACAGGCACCAUCGGAGGUAGUGUAAUUAUUGGGAGCUUACAGCAGAUUGCUCAACGGGAAGGUUUUCGGGGAAUGUAUCGCGGCCUGUCCCCAACUGUUUUGGCUCUCUUGCCUAACUGGGCGGUCUACUUUACCGUAUAUGAGCAGCUUAAAAGCUUGCUCUCUUCCAAUGAUGGAAGUCAUCAACUCUCUAUAGGGGCAAAUGUUAUUGCAGCUUCAGGUGCUGGAGCUGCAACAACUAUUGCAACAAAUCCACUUUGGGUCGUCAAGACAAGAUUUCAGACCCAAGGAAUACGAGCUGGGGCAAUCCUGUACAAAGGUACAUUUGCUGCCUUGAGAAGAAUAGCAUAUGAGGAAGGCAUCCGUGGACUUUACAGCGGUCUUGUCCCUGCCUUGGCUGGUAUCAGUCAUGUUGCUAUUCAGUUCCCUGCAUAUGAGAAGAUCAAAGCUUAUCUGGCUGAGCGAGAUAAUACUACUGUUGAAGCAUUGAGUUUUGGUGAUGUUGCUGUUGCUUCGUCUUUGGCAAAAGUAGCUGCAUCAACCUUGACGUAUCCUCAUGAGGUUGUUCGUUCACGGCUGCAAGACCAGGGAGCACACUCGGAGACCAGAUACAAAGGUGUUAUAGACUGCACCAGAAAGGUUUAUCUUAAAGAGGGUGUGGCUGGCUUCUACCGUGGAUGUGCCACCAAUCUGUUGCGGACAACCCCUGCUGCAGUAAUAACUUUCACUAGCUUCGAGAUGAUCCACAGAUUCCUUCUCGAUCUAUUCCCUCCUGAACCUGAACACCACAUCCAGCCGCUGAAGCAUUGACCAUACUGCUCCUGUACCCUAUCCAUCUUGCCAUUGGAGAUUAGGAACCCAGUAACCAUCCAGCAAUGCCAUUGUAAAAGAGAGAACUUUUUCCCGGUAUUGCAACAGGUAGCUGCCAUUCAAAACUUUAAACCGUAGUGUAGGCAGAAAUUAACAUUUAUGUAUGUAAUAGAUUUGUUAGCAUGAAUUGCGGGAAGUAUAUGGGGUGGCGAUGAUGGCUGUGCUGUCUGAUGAUGAUGAAAAGAAAAGAAUGUUGAGUUGAUGAA